AUGUCUCCCAACUGCAGCCUGUUCCAUAUGGACUCGAGAAUCAGUAGCCAACUGGCUGGUCUUUUUGCCCUCUCUUGGGUUGCUUACAUUGGCAUGCGCUGCAUAUACAAUUUGUUUUUUCAUCCUCUUCGCAAGAUUCCUGGCCCAUGGAUGGCUGCUAUGACGCCUCUCCCUGACUUCUGGCAUGAUGCUGUGAGGAGGGGGAAUUACAUUUGGGAGAUACAAAAAAUGCAUAGGAAAUAUGGCCCUAUCGUACGCAUCAACCCGAAUGAAGUCCACAUCGACGAUCCUUCAUACUAUCAGAACAUCUAUGUUGGCGGAACUCAAAAGGUUGAAAAAGAUCCCUCCACCGUCGCAGGAUUUGGUAUCCCCGCUUCUGUGGCCGCAACUAUACCCCAUGCGUUGCAUCGCUCCCGACGCGGCUAUAUGAAUCCGUACUUCUCGAAAAGGUCUAUCAGGGCUAUGGAACCUCUUCUCCACGAGCGGAUUACUGCACUCCUAAAUCGGUUCGAUGGCGCUCUUCGCAAGAAUAAGAGAAUUUCUCUUGACAAAGCUUUCUCCGCUAUGACAGCCGACAUCAUCACACAGCGCUUUUUCGGCUACCAUCACGACUACCUCAGCGUGCCCGACCUAGAAUUUCCUGUCAGGGAAGCUUUCCAGGGCGCAUCGGAAAUCUUCCACUGGACUCGAUUCGCGCCGUGGGCCACGGCAUACCUGAAGAUGUUGCCUCUUUUUAUCAUUCGCUUAAUCUUUCCACCUGUUGCUGCUUUGCUGGAAUUGCAAAAGGAAAUCAAGAAUAAGAUCAUUGAGACGCUUGAAACGAAGGAUGAGGGGAAGCGGAGAUCUGUCAUCAUGCAAGCAUUAAGUGACGAGUCAAUUCCAAAGUCGGAGCGUACGAUGCAACGACUAUUAGACGAAGGUCAAGUGAUCAUCUUCGCUGGAACUGAGACCUCUUCGCGCGCCCUCUCUGUCGGCAUGUUCUAUCUUCUGUCUGAUAAAUCACUGAUGGGAAAGUUACGCGCUGAACUGUCAGAGAUCGCUCAUAUCCCUGAGACAGCGUUCACGGUUGCGAAUCUUGAGCCUCUGCCCUACCUCACGGGUGUGGUCAAAGAGUCAAUCCGACUUUCAUAUGGCCCACUCACCCGCCUCCCCCGUGUUUUUGUCGACGAAACACUGACUUACGGAAAGUACUCGAUCCCUCCAGGUACGCCUCUGAGCCAGUCUACAUACUUCGUGCACAACAACCCUGAGAUAUUCCCAAACCCCCUCAGAUUUGCGCCAGAGCGCUGGAUCGAAGCUGCAGAGCAGGGAGUCCCUCUUAGCAAGUGGCUAACUAGUUUCACUAAAGGCUCGCGCCAGUGCUUGGGCAUUGGAUUGGCACAUGCGGAGAUGUAUCUCACUUUCGCUCGUGUAAUUCGCAAUUUUGACAUGGAGCUUAGCAACACGACGGCGGAUGACAUUUCGAUCGAGAGGGUUUUUAUUAUGGGACAGCGUACAACGAAUAAGAAUAUGGGCCCAGAUCAGGGUGAGGUUGAAGUCAUGAUCACUCGAAAGCUCGAGGAAUGA